CUCCGCCACAUUUGGACCAAUGGCAGAACGAGGGGGACUGCUUUAGCCAAUGACAGAGCAGUCUGUGAACGCACUCGGUUGGACGACGACGACCAUGGACGGGGAUAAUGUCCUUUUCAGUCUAGCAAACUUUUAACAAAUUUGUUUCGACACGGGCAAAACGGAGUGAGAGAGCUGCUCUGAGCAAGUAAUGGGGGAUAUUGAGGGUUCAUACCGGGCCCUGCAGACCCCAGGCAUAAGGCUGGGAGCCCAGUUCAAUGCUGGUAUCAGCACCUUGGAGCCGGGCCAAAGCCUCAGUGGGAACAUGCUCAGCGGGAGCAAAAGCCAUGGGCGAGGACUACAAAUCCGGGUGCAGGGGCUGGACGACUCCCAGGACUUCUUUGAUAUUGACCCAAAAUCUAUUGGACAGUUCCUGCUCACUGAGGUUUUCCUGAGAGGCAACCUCAUAGAGAGCGAUUACUUUGGCCUGGAGUUUCAGAACAUGCAGAUGAACUGGGUUUGGCUGGAAGCCACGAAGCUGGUGGUGAGACAAGUCAGAAGACCAGAAAACACUCUAUUCAGGCUGUCAGUAAAAUUCUUUCCUCCAGACCCGGGUCAGCUGCAGGAGGAAUACACCAAGUACUUAUUCUCGCUGCAGAUGAAAAGAGAUCUGAUGGAGGGCAGGUUGAUAUGCACAGAAAAUACUGGAGCUCUGCUGGCCUCUCACCUUGUCCAGUCGGAGAUCGGCGACUACGAUGGCGUAGCCGACCGUGACUUCCUGAGGACGACCAAGCUGUUGCCUUACCAAGAGAAGGUGCAAGAGAGGAUCAUGGAGCUGCACCGCAGGCACCUUGGCCAGACUCCAGCUGAAUCAGACUUCCAAAUCCUGGAGAUUGCCCGUAAACUGGAGAUGUACGGUGUCCGCUUCCACCCAGCCGCUGACCGGGAAGGCACCAAAAUUAAUCUGGCUGUUGCUCAUAUGGGCCUUCAGGUUUUCCAGGGUAACACAAAAAUAAAUACCUUCAAUUGGUCCAAGAUUCGCAAACUGAGCUUCAAGAGAACACGCUUCCUGAUCAAGCUCCACCCAGAGGUUCAUGGCCCUCAUCAGGACACUCUCGAGUUUAUGAUGGCCAGUCGUGACCAAUGUAAAAUCUUCUGGAAGAUCUGUGUGGAAUACCACUCAUUUUUCCGUUUGUUUGACCAACCACAGCCCAAAUCCAAAGCUAUCCUCUUCACCAGAGGCUCUUCCUUCAGAUACAGUGGAAGGACCCAGAAGCAACUUGUGGACUACGUCAGGGAAAAUGGAGCAAAGAGAACUCCUUACCAGAGGAGAAACAGUAAAAUCCGAAUGUCUGCUCGCUCCCUCGCCUCAGAUGUGCCAAAACAGAGCUUGUCAUUCAAUGACAGUUUCAGGGCCCAAGGCUCCCCCUCCUCCGCUUCUGUGUCCUUCUACUCAUCACACAUCUCUAGUGUCCUCCCGCGAACAGAGCUCCAACCACAGCCACAUCCUGCCACGCCGAGCCGGUCUCCAGCGCCUCCCCAGCAGCAGCUUCAGCUCCCUGUGCAAGCUGCCAGACCCCCCAGCCCUCUGAAGGAAGACCCUGUCAAGGCUGCUUCCCCAUCUCACUUCGCUUUUCAAGAUGCAUUGGUGGACAGCCCUCAGCACUCCCCCUUCACCUCCAAAGGCCCCUCCCUCUGCAUGUCUCCCUCCUUCCAGAUGUCCACCCUCAGCCUGCCGGGCCAGGCCUCAACCCCCCUGCAAAGCCCAAUCCUGAGUGAGGUGGGCAGCAAUGCCAGGCUAGAGGAGGAGGAUGAGGAGGGCAGGAGGAAGCGAUAUCCCACCGACAAGGCCUACUUCAUUGCCAAAGAGAUUCUGACCACAGAGCGAACGUACCUGAAAGACCUCGAGGUCAUCACUGUGUGGUUUCGCAGCGCUGUGAUCAAAGAAAACGCCAUGCCUGAAGGCCUGAUGACCCUCCUCUUCUCCAACAUUGACCCCAUCUACGAGUUCCAUCGAGGCUUCCUCAAGGAGUUAGACCAGAGGCUGGCUCUCUGGGAGGGGCGCUCUAACGCUCACGCCAAAGGGGACUACCAGAGGAUUGGUGAUGUGAUGCUGAGGAACAUGUGUGCUCUAAAGGAAUUCACCAGCUUCCUGCAGAAACACGACGAGGUGCUGACGGAGCUGGAGAAAGCCUCUAAGAGGCUGAAGAAGCUGGAGACGGUGUACAAAGAGUUUGAGCUGCAGAAGGUCUGCUACCUGCCCCUCAACACAUUCCUGCUCAAGCCCAUCCAGCGUCUCAUGCACUACAAACUCAUCCUGGAGAGGCUGUGCAAACAUUACUCCCCCAGCCAUCGCGACCAUGACGACUGCAAGGAGGCUCUGAAGGAGGUGGCAGAGAUAGCCACUCAGCUGCAGAGCAGUCUGAUCCGCCUGGAGAACUUUCAGAAGCUGACGGAGCUACAGAGAGACCUGAUCGGGAUCGAGAACCUGACGGCACCGGGCAGGGAGUUCAUACGAGAGGGGUGUCUGUUCAAGCUCACCAAGAAAGGACUGCAGCAAAGGAUGUUUUUCCUGUUCUCAGACAUGCUCCUCUACACAAGCAAAGGUGUGACAGCGACCAAUCAGUUCAAAGUGCACGGCCAGCUACCCCUCCACGGCAUGAUCGUUGAGGAAAGUGAAAACGAGUGGUCGGUCCCCCACUGCUUCACCAUCUACUCCGCUCAGAGGACCAUCGUUGUGGCUGCCAGCUCUAAAGUGGAGAUGGGGAAGUGGAUUGAGGAUCUGAACUUGGCUAUAGACAUGUCCAAGAAGUCCCAGGAGAAAUCCAGUAUCUUCCUGGAUGCUGGACUCACGGAUCACUCCAACCGAUCGUCUGAUGAAGUUUCUCUGGAGCAGGAGUCGGAGGAUGACAUGAACUCCUCCCGCACGUCACUGGACAAACAGACACACCACCGUGCGAACACAACCAUGCAUGUGUGCUGGCACCGCAACACCAGCGUGUCUAUGUCUGAUCACAGCCAGGCUGUGGAGAACCAGCUCUCAGGUUACCUGCUGAGGAAGUUCAAGAACAGUAACGGCUGGCAAAAACUCUGGGUGGUCUUCACCAACUUCUGCUUGUUCUUCUACAAGACUCACCAGGACGACUUCCCGCUGGCCAGCCUCCCCCUGCUGGGCUACACCGUCAGCACCCCCGAGGAGUCGGACAGCAUUCACAAGGACUACGUCUUCAAGCUGCAGUUCAAGUCCCAUGUGUACUUUUUCCGGGCUGAAAGCGAGUACACCUUUGAAAGAUGGAUGGAGGUAAUCAAGAGUGCAGCCAGCACCACAGGCCGGAUGAGCCUGCUCAUACCCAAAGGAGGUCCCAUGGAGAUAAACGGAAACUGAUUCUGACAGGGUGCACCUGGGGGCUGGCCCCCGGGACAUCAGGAAACCAUCCUUUUCAAGUGAAGAUUUGGACACUAACAACUGGAGACUGGAAGAUACUGCCAGUUUAAGUGUUAACAUUCAGCCUAAGGAUUUAAUUAUAAUGGUUCUAUGCAUUUCUUUUGUUGAUAAAUGAUGUAAAUGAUAACAUUUUCACAGUUAACAGGAUAUUAUGAAAGGGAGACAUGUACAUUUUGAUCAGUUUUUGCAUGUGUAGCGCCCAAUUAGGCUGUUUGCACAGGAUGAUGGGAAAUGUUAUAUGGGACCAAGGCUAACUCAAAGGGCUAGACUUUAGGCUUUUCUGAAGGACUUGACUCUUUAGAUGACUGAAGCUUUGUUGGGCACAGAGGAUUUACAGUAUGUGGAAAAUGAAGGUACAUGAUGGUAUGUGCAUUGUACUCUGAAAGGGUUAGUGUGAGAGAUGAAGGUGAGCAGAAAGUUCACGGGAUGUUUGAAAAGGGUUUCCGAGUAGAAGUAAUACAUUCAUGGAGAUGCAUAAGAUGUUUGGAUAAAUUCAUGCUGCUCACACAAUCUGGUUUCAACAUGUCUGCGAGUUUUAAGAAUAAACCUGCAUGAACUAUUAGAA